CGAAGCUCCGGGAGCGAGACCCACGAAGUAACUCCGGGAGACCCACGAAGUAACUCCGGGACAGAGACCUACGAAGUGACUCUGAGACCGAGACCUGCGAAGUGACUCCGGGACCGAGACCCACGAAGUGACUCCGGGACCGAGACCUGCGAAGUGACUCCGGGACCGAGACCCACGAAGUGACUCCGGGACCGAGAUCUGUAAAGUGACUCCGGGAGCGAGACCCACGAAGUGACUCCGGGACCGAGACAAACGAAUCCCGCGGACCGGGUGAUCCCGCGGACCGGGUCUGGUGCGGGACCGGGUCUUCUGGACAGAUGAAGCAUGGUCGAGGACUCAAAGAUCAGUAAAUCCUCAAGGGCAGCUUCGUUCUCCUCCAACAACCUUCACCUCCGGUCUCCCGCCGCCGCGACCCCUCAGUCCUCUCAGACCUCCACGUCCUCCCGGUCCGUCCAGUCCUCCCAGUCUCAGUCCUCCCAGUCCAGCGGGGGCAUGAAGCUGGAGGCGGUGAUGGAGAACCUCCAGCGGCAGCAGGCGGCUCGUCUGGCCCUGGAGGAGAAGGUCCGUCUGGCGGAGAAGGAGAAGAGUCUCCGGUCCCUGGUUGAGUCCCAGAUCCACCAGCAGGCCCUGGUUGAGUCCCAGAUCCACCAGCAGGCCCUGGCCUUCCGCCACUACCAGGCCGCGGUGCGGGGCGCCCUCGCCGCGGGAGGAGGGGACGGUUCUCCGGCCGGGCUGAGCCCCUCCGAACGGCAGCUGGCUCGCAUGGGGGUCCGGGACCCGGACCGGGCAGAGGACUCGGACUUUGACGAUGGCGAAGAAGAGGAGGAGGAGGAGGAGGUGGAGCUGGGACAUCACCACCUCUCCGGGCCCGGCCUGGACGGCCAGCCGCGGAUCGGAAAGAGAGACCCGAGCGAGGAAGACACGGGCGUCGCGGAGGACGAAGGGGAAGACGGAGAACCGGAGGCCGGUUCCGGCCGAUUCCCGGCCCGCCACGGGGGGCUCCAUGCGGCGUCCCGGUCGCCGCUGAGCCGCAACCCUCCGUCCUCCCCCGGAGCCCCGCUCUCCCAGAACCACGAGUGGACGUACGAGGAGCAGUUCAAACAGUCAGGCUGUGUCGGGGCUGAUGGGGCCUCUGUGGUGGAGCGGCGUCCCGGGCUGGCGGGUGGAGCUUCCGGCUCCACGUCUCUCAUCCAAGAGACCUAG